AUGCUAGGGCUUGAGCAGCUCGCGCGGAUCGAUUCCCGUCUGCGGCAGGCCUUUCCACAGCGUAGCCUCGAGUUCUUCGGUGGUGUGAGCGUCUUGCUUGUGGGCGAUUUCUUCCAGUUACCACCAGUCCGACAGAAGCCCCUGUAUUCGACUAGCACCAGCCUGUCUUCGUUGGAAAGGAGAGGGCAGGUGGCCUACCGGCUAUUUGACCGCACCGUCUUCCUGACCACGGUACAGCGCCAGGUUGGUGAUGACCAGGCCCAGUUCCGUCAGGCGUUACAGGAACUGCGUGAAGCCAGGUUGACGCAGAGCGAGGUUGACGGCUUCAGGACCGCUUUGCGAGUGUAUUCUACAAAGGCCCGGGUCGAGGCAAAGAAUCAAGGCAACGGCGCGGGACAGGCAUCAAGCGACAGUGCUGGCAACCUAUCUAACAAGUUCCCUGUUGCUAAGGGCACCAGGGUGAUGCUCACGACUAAUCUGUGGCAGCCAGCUGGCCUAGUUAACGGUGCUCAGGACCCCCCAGCCGUUAUUAUGGUGGACUUUGAUAGCUACGACGGACCGCCGUAUCUAACAACUAACGAGGGCAGGAAAAUCUCACCCAUCCUCCCAAGCCUAACGAAGGAUCAAAUAGUUACUGAUCUCGCUACACGCGACUUCCAGGCCGGCAUUAGCUAUGUUGCUGUCUCACGGGUUACGUCGCUGCAAGGCUUACUCCUUGAGGUGCCUUUCGAUCGUCAGAGCCUCUAUAACCACACGCCGACGGAAGGGAUGAAGAUGCGCCUCGCUGACCAACAACGGCGUCAGGGUCAACAGCUGACCGACCCACCAUAUCCACCACGCUACCUUGACUAA